UUUUUAUUUAUUUAUUUAACCAUGCCACCCAAGAGAAGAAAUUCCGGACAAAGAUCUGCCCCUAAGCAAUUUCGCUGUACUGGCUAUGGAGAUUGUAACAUGGUCUUUACAAGAAGUGAGCAUUUAGCGAGGCAUGAAAGGAAGCAUACAGGAGAGAAACCUUACAAGUGCAUUGUCGAAGGUUGUGAACGUAUGUUUAGCCGAUUCGACAACAUGAUGCAGCAUACACAGACCCACGAUAAAGAAAGAAAAAAGACAGCACCCACGGAAGCGGUAAAGGAUCAUUCCAAAAACAAGAAAGCCCGUGCAUCAAUGACGGACGAUCCAGUUACCGAAUCUCCGAUUCAAAUGCAAGAGGAGAGACAUCCUUGGGUUCAACAACGAUCUGACCUAUAUGCGUCACCCUUUGAAUAUUCUUCAAUGGUGAACAAUCGUACAUUACCUCUACCUCACCGUAGAGCAUCCAUAUCGACUCCGGUUCGCUCAUUGGGCUACCGCUCUCCUUAUCCUUACUCAUUACCUCCUUCCCCUGUCAAGACUCAAUUCCAUCAUCAUCCUUCACACUUGCCAAAUUAUGAUCAUUAUUACUACCAAAAGCCAUACAACGUACCCAGAAACCGCUCGUCAUGGCCCAUCAAGGAAGAAUACAAUGAAUUUGACCAAACCCGUCGGUCAUCCAUCUCUACUGUCUCGACUGAUUCCGGACACUCGCAUUCUCCUCCAAGCUUUCAUCAUGAUUUUCAUGUCAAACGUCGUAUAUCGAUUGACGCUUUACAAACUCCUAUAGAAAAAUUAAGAACGAUUCAAUUAGACGAAAAACCCCCUGAGAAAGAUGCGAUAGAUAUUACACAGGAUGAAUAUGAAGCGCUAGAAGCAUUCAGUCAAUUCCGUACAUCACCUGUCGUCGGUACCCUGCCCAUCACCUCUUCUCCUCUUCAUAGCCCAAAUCUGUCUUCUCAAGUAUGCGCUAUCAGACAACGUGUUCCAACAUUAAGAGAAUCAUUCUCAAGACCUGCAUCUCAUCAUUAUGGUUAACUAGGAAAAAAAAAACAUUCUUUUUUGUAUCAUAUACAUUUAUAUUUUUUGUAUUUAAAGCCUC